AUGCUUUCCAGAGCCACCUGGAGCCUGGCGCUGAGAAAAGGACUCGGAAUGCGAGGGAUACACAGCCCGGGAGGCAAUGCCCAGAGUGAGGGGAAGAUGCCCCCCUACACCAGCUACCACGCCCAGCGCUCCUACCCGAUGCCAGAUGAGCCCUUCUGCACGGAGCUCAGUGCUGAGCAGCGGGCCCUGAAGGAGAAGGAGAAGGGCAGCUGGACCGAGCUGACCCAUGCCGAGAAGGUGGCCCUGUACCGGCUCCAGUUCCAUGAGACUUUUGCAGAGAUGAACCGUCACUCCAACGAAUGGAAGACGGUGAUGGGAGGUGUAUUUUUCUUCUUUGGAGUCACAGCUCUGCUGAUUUGGUGGCAGCGGGUCUAUGUGUUCCCCGAGAAGCCCAUCACCCUGACAGACGAGUGGAAGGCCCAGCAGCUCCAGCGCAUCCUGGAUAUGAAGGGCAACCCCGUGCAAGGCCUGGCUGCACGGUGGGACUAUGACAAGAAGGAGUGGAAGAAGUGA